AUGGAGCUUUUCACUCGUCCAGCUGAUGAGAUCCACCGAUUUGAUAGUGAUAAUGAAGAUCGUGUGUCGGGGGCAGUGUCCAAGCCUGGAUGUGCUAAGCGGCAGGAUCCAAGCUCUUCGUCGCAGUCCAGCGUAUCGCCAGACUUUGCUCAGCAACCUGGACACCCCAGGUCAGACAAUGCUACUUCUAGUGGCACUUGCACAGGGGGCGUGUAUCCUCGUGGGAGUGUCGGUGCUGUCAAUGUUCAGGGCUUGGGGAGUCCUCCUCAGGAUCUUCCAUCACCCGAAUGCUCUCUCUCAACAUCAUCUGAACAAGCAAAUCCACGCCAUGGAAGUCACGCUACCCCUCUGCAUCCGACAAUCUCAUCCGGACACGGAUUAAGCCCCGAGAGUUCAGCUUCGGACUCCGAUUGCAGCUCCAGUCCCAGCUCUAGCGAGUCUUCGGGUCCUGCUUCUGGACAACCUUCGAGUCAGACACUCCGGAGCCAGCCCCCACCAGAAGUAUCUUCUCUGAACAAAGGUACAUGUCCUGUUACUUGUUCAAAUGAAGAAGCUUCUCGUUCAGUCAAUGGCAGCCAGUUAAUCUCUCCACCUGGUGACGAUGCGGGUCACCUACGGACGGACAGGACAGUGCUAGAGCUAGACUUGCCCUUGAGGAGGGGUGCGGAAGAUGUACCUGGCUCUUCAGUCUCUCCGGAUACGCUGGGAGACUCCCCGAGUCAAGAAGUCCAAGCUCAGGUUGACCUCGGUCGAAACUCUGAUGAUGACGACGACUCAGAUCACUCAGACACCCUUGACCAGUUAGAGACUGAUUUCAAUGAUUUGCUGUCUCUCAACCCUGGAAGGCCCACCACUGGCUCGCUCUCAAGAGACGAGGCCAUUGCUAGCAGACUUCAAGAAAGGGAUUCUGAUCUUGAAGUCUGGGAGGCUGCUGAAGGUGUCCCUGCGCCUGAUACAGGUCAUGAUAACAUUAGCCGCCCAGGAACCCGCCCGACUGGCAUCCGACGCGCCCUCGCUACUGCGCACUCCCCCGAACCCAAUCGUCCCUCUGAAACAAGCGAUGAAGACGAUACCGAAAGCGUUGAUGACACAUGUAACGGUUUCAGUGGGAGCAACGGAGUAGAUGAUGAUGAACGGAUUGUCCAACUAGAAGAUCGAGAAGAAGUUAAUGAAGAGUCUGAUGCAGGCAAUGAUCUUCUUGGACAAUUAGACGAAAUUGUAGCCGAUCACUCAGAUUCGGACUGCUGCGAGACACAUGCUCAUCCCCUGGGCACUCUGUCCUCUUCAGACAGCAAUGAUUCAGAUGAAGAGGGCAGACCCCAGAAUGAGUCAUCCGACGACGAGGAGGUAUCGGAAGAAGAGAUUGGGUAUAUCUCGGACGCUCGCGACACUAAUGUUGAAAUCGAAGACGAAACAAGGUCGGCUAACUUGAAUAUUCCAUCAUCUUCGACAAACAGCAUCGUUUCCCCAAGUGAAACAACUAGCUCUGGAAAACUUCCCCUCGCACUCGACACACUCGAUAAACGUGAGGUUGUAAAGAUCACACGAGAGCUCGGCGCUUGUGUUCGUUGUCGGUUCCAAAAAAUCAAAUGCAUUAUAGACGAGCAGAACCCAGAAGGACAAUGCAAAACGUGCAAGAACUUCUCCAAGACGUCGCUAAAGACAAUACACCGCGUUCCAUGCUUGCGACUCCGAAUUGCCGACGUCAUUCUUUAUCGAAGCGGCGGGCUCAAACUCACGAAACGAUGGGAGGGCAUCGAAAUGCGAGAUAUUGGGGAUCGACUCGAUACGGUUGCUGUCACGAUUGAAGUAUCACAGAAUCUUUGUGAUAAACCUCUUCGAAUGAACGUUGUGCGAUUCAGACCCAUUGACGGGGACGUGACUGCCCGAUAUUGGACUGAUGGCCUUCUCGGGAAGGAGACGUUCAAGAAGAAGGAACUGGCCAACUACUGCCUUGAAAAUAUCUACGACACGGCCGAAAGCGUGCGACAAUACACAAUCGACAAUUGUCUUCCAGCUUUCUAUCACACCAUCCAAGAGGAGAGUGAAUCAGAAGCUAGAGAAGAGCCCAUUAUCAGAACGUACCUCACGGCCAUGGCUCGCUACCUGGACCUUCACAACGAAUAUAAAUCCAGCGGGAGCCUCUCUAAAAACGAUGAAAAAGAGCUUCAGAUAUUCGGCAAUCUUUUUAUUCUCUGGUGCGCCAUCCAACACACUGUAGGGUCCCUCUACAUCGAAGGCAAGGAGACUCUAGGCAUGCUCCCCGAAACCGAAGACAAAUCCUACCCUCUUUACGGCAAAGUGUCUGUCCCUCGCAUGGUAGUCGCCCAAUUCGACACCCUCAAUUACAAUGAGGUCCUCGAACGGUACAAGGAGAAGCUUCUACGCGACAUCGAUUGGCUGUUCAGCCAGGACAAGAAUCGAUGGUGGUUCACAAUCUACCUCGUCGUCUUUAUACUCCUGCGCGAAGCGAGUCGUAUGACAGCAGAUCGGUACCGACAUGCGAGAGCUAACUAUGGAUCAAGGUUGCGAUACUCGAUUCCAGACUUUGUCGAGGGGCUUCAUGUCAGCUGCAACAAUAUACUCAUCCACUGGCAUUACUACAACUACGACCAGUGGCCGACUACUCGGUCGUCGGGGCUCGCCAAUGGCGUAGCAAAAAAUGACCACUUUGAGACUCUGGCACCCAAGGAUCGGCACCUUGUCAAACAGAAUCUCAAGGACCCAGCGGUAAAGAAGCAUCUUCUAGUAUGGAAGCAAUACAAGAGUGAUAAUGGAAAAGUUCCAAAGAUUACUCUCCAACACGACACCGGAUCCAUUCGCUACACAGGAGAACAAAACAAGUACGAUUGGGAUCAUCCUUUGUAUUGGGUAUCGCAAAUGUUUGAGAUAAAUUGGUGCCCGCAUCCGACGUAUACGAGAGAACCAGAACCUAAAUCAACGUUCAUGUCUAUCACGGCCGCUGUCGCCGCGGCCGGCUAA